GCUAAACGAAACGCACAACACUUCAAAAUAAAAUAAGAGCAGAUGCUCCCUUCGCGCCAUCUUCGCGCCGCCGUGCGGCAGAGAAGCCACCGCCCCCCAGCCGCCGGAGAAGCCUGCUCCGGAAAGCUCGACGCGGAUGUGAUCCGGCGCAACAAGGCCAUCACGGUCCACAUGCGCGCCGGCCGCGUCGGCGAGGCCGAGCGCCUAUUUGACGCCAUGCCCAGCCGCUCCACCUCCACCUACAACGCCAUGCUCGCCGGGUAUGCCUCCAAUGGACGCCUCCCUGUCGCGCUCUCUCUCUUCCGCUCCAUCCCACGCCCGGACACAUUCUCCUACAACACUCUCCUCCAUGCGCUGGCAGUCUCAUCGUCCCUCACUGACGCCCGUAGCCUGUUCGACGAAAUGCCGGUGAAGGACUCUGUGACAUACAACGUCAUGAUCUCGUCUCAUGCCAACCAUGGACUUGUCUCUCUUGCGCGGAAGUACUUCGAUCUUGCUCCGGAGAAGGAUGCUGUCUCAUGGAACGGCAUGCUUGCAGCUUAUGUCCGGAAUGGACGGGUCCAAGAAGCAAGGGAGUUGUUUAAUUCAAGGACAGAGUGGGAUGCCAUUUCUUGGAACGCCUUGAUGGCUGGGUAUGCGCAGUUGGGUCGGAUGGCAGAAGCACAGGAGCUUUUCGAUAGGAUGCCACAAAGAGAUGUUGUUUCCUGGAACACCAUGGUCUCAGGUUAUGCCAGGGGAGGGGAUAUGGUGGAGGCAAGAAGGAUGUUCGACAUGGCACCUGUGCGUGAUGUGUUCACAUGGACAGCAGUAGUUUCUGGGUAUGCGCAAAAUGGAAUGCUGGAGGAUGCCCGGAUGGUGUUUGAUGCCAUGCCUGAGAGGAACCCAGUGUCAUGGAAUGCAAUGGUGGCAGCUUAUGUCCAGCGGAGGAUGAUGGAGAAAGCAAAGGAGCUGUUUGACAUCAUGCCUUGCAGGAAUGUGGCGUCAUGGAACACAAUGUUGACAGGGUAUGCUCAGGCAGGGAUGUUGGAUGAGGCAAGGGCAGUUUUUGACAUGAUGCCACAGAAAGAUGCAGUCUCUUGGGCUGCAAUGUUGGCUGCAUACGCACAAGGUGGUUUCAGUGAGGAAACCCUACAGCUGUUCAUCAAAAUGGGGCAGUGCGGUGAGUGGGUGAAUAGGUCAGCAUUCGCUUGUUUGUUGAGCACAUGUGCUGACAUUGCUGCACUCGAGUGUGGAAUGCAGCUGCAUGGGAGGUUGAUUAAAGCUGGAUACGGGUUGGGUAGGUUUGUUGGGAAUGCGCUCUUAGCUAUGUACUUCAAAUGUGGAAACAUGGAGGAUGCUCGAAAUGCAUUUGAGCAGAUGGAGGACAGGGAUGCAGUUUCUUGGAAUACUGUGAUCGCCGGUUAUGCACGUCACGGUUUUGGCAAGGAAGCACUUGAGGUGUUCGAUAUGAUGAGAGCGACAUCAACCAAGCCAGAUGAUAUUACUCUAGUUGGAGUACUUGCAGCUUGUAGUCAUUCUGGCUUGGUCGAGAAAGGCAUUUCAUACUUUUAUUCGAUGCACCAUGAUUUCGGUGUGACAGCGAAGCCUGAACAUUAUACUUGUAUGAUAGACUUGCUUGGACGAGCUGGUCGAUUAGAUGAAGCACAGGGCCUUAUGAAGGACAUGCCAUUUGAGCCAGACGCUACCAUGUGGGGUGCAUUGCUUGGUGCGAGUAGGAUCCACCGCAAUUCCGAACUAGGCAAGAGUGCAGCUGAGAAAAUAUUUGAGUUGGAGCCUGAAAAUGCUGGCAUGUAUGUCUUGCUUUCAAAUAUAUAUGCAUCUUCUGGCAAAUGGCGUGAUGUGGGGAAGAUGAGAGUUAUGAUGGAGGAUCGCGGUGUGAAAAAAGUGCCUGGAUUCAGUUGGAUGGAAGUACAAAACAAAGUACACACUUUCUCGGUUGGUGACUGUGUGCACCCCGAAAAGGAAAAGAUAUAUGCUUUCCUGGAAGACCUUGACAUGAGGAUUAAGAAAGCUGGCUAUGUGUCAGCUACAGAAAUGGUUUUGCAUGAUGUGGAGGACGAAGAGAAGGAACACAUGCUAAAGUAUCAUAGCGAGAAGCUUGCUGUUGCUUAUGGUAUUCUAAAUAUUCCUGUUGGGAGGCCUAUCCGAGUGAUCAAAAACCUCAGAGUAUGCGGAGAUUGUCACAAUGCUUUCAAGUAUAUCUCUGCAAUUGAGGGCAGGCUGAUCAUCCUGCGGGAUUCUAACCGCUUUCACCACUUCAGAGAUGGUUCUUGUUCUUGUGGUGAUUACUGGUGACUGCAGAGUAGAAUCUGGUGUGAAGUAUUCCUGACGGAAUUUACAGUUGACAGCAAACAAUGACCAUGCAAUGCAAGAUGCAAACACAAAUUAAUAGGGAUUGUGAUGACUGGGUGUCUGGGUCUGGCCAUCCAUCCACUAGGCCUACUACUGAAGUACUGCUCUAAGGAAUAUGUUUGUUGGUCUACAUGUGGCCUUGCAUUUCAAUCACGUGUGCUGAGAUGGGAAGGAGAAUCCACAAAGAAAAUAUUUCCUAUCUCAUGUGAUGGAAGCCUUGAUCAACAGUAAUAUGUGGACAAGGUUUUAGCUAUGCAUGUGUCGGUUGGAAGGACUUUGGACAUCAAGGUAUGAUCCAUGAUAACUUGCUAACAGCGUAACAUGCCAGUUUAGGUGACCAGUACUGAAAAAACAUGUACCGUAAUAGUUUCCGUAUUUGACCAGUACUGAAAAAAAACAUGUACCGUAAUAGUUUCCAUAUGUAGUCGAUCAAGAACUACGUUCUCACUACUUUGUUUCGAGCCCUCUACAGGAUGAACCCGCAAUGGAUUAUUAUUCUGUAUCCAGUACUGAAAGCAGCCAUGGAGACAUUUUGCUAUGUCAGUUCAGUCAGAAUAACCAUGGCAGAAGAAGGGUAUGUUCCAUAGUCUUACAUUACAUGGAUAGUUGACGCAUUGCUGACUGAGCUGCAAGAAAUAUGAUCUGAAAUGUAUCAUGACAACUAAUCGAGUUGCUAUCAGCAAUGCAAGCAGCAAGGAGCAGGCCGGCUCAGUUGUGUUCUCAAGGCGGUGGUUGCCUUCAGUUCAUGCCUGGAUGGAUCUGUGGAAUCUGCAUUUAUAUUUCUGCUAAUCCAAGUUUUCUUGCUUGCAAUAUAUUCUGCCAAAUCAGAAGGUUCGUGUGGGAAAACAAGGCUGGAAAGAGUUUCGAUGCCCAAUUUUUUAUAGACGGGUUGCAAGAUGUUUACCUACAGUAAACAGAAACAUGCACGCACGCACGCAUGACGCUGGUGACCUAGCUAGCAUCAUCCAUUCAUCCUUACCAAGCAUACACUAGGAAAAAUGGACUUGCAAAAAUCUAGUACGGAAAUGGACUUAUGUUUUCUUCGUCCACACAAAGGAUGGAAAUCUAGUACUCAACCAUGGAUGAAUUUUUUUUGGUCUCUGGUACAGUUACCAAAUUUUUGGCAUA